CACAGUUAUUGACCUGCCCGUUUCUUAGAGUCAAACCCAAAUCAGUGCCUAUUCCAUCAUCUCUCCCUCGUUUUAUCCCCGCUCUUUCUCAGGCUCGCCAUGCCUUCUGACUACCUACCUAAAGCUGUUGUACUAGUAUACCCUUCUCAUCGCCUUCCAUCGUUGCGACUUAUUCGUUUCUCCAACUUCAUCCUCCUCCUUCUUUUCAAUAACCACCCAGUUGAACCUCGUCGAACCUGGGAGGCAGAUCAGCCACCACUACGCUAAACACCCACUGUAACCGCCUGCCCAAUACCAUCGCAGCGGGCGCAAGACUCCGCUAUCCGGCCGGUGACCGAAGUGUCAGUGCAUAACGAACAGUGACCAGCGACGGGCAACCAAGCGCCAGACCAGAAGCACACACUGGACUCGACCACACCUGGACGGUCCCCACGAAAUUCGUCACCGCAACUGGGUCUGGGGGAUGUCUUGGUCGCUUCAACGCCACCACGCCUCGACCAGGUUUAGCUCAUCCCUGGCCUGCCAUCCAUCCCUCGUACAGUACACACCCAGAAAACACACACCCACAACACCAGCGCCGGGUUACGCUACGUACUCCUCCGGUACGCUAGAAACUAGCCCCAAACAGAACCUGUCCACCUGCCCCCAAGGACCCCGGCUACGGCUAUCGCCUGCUGUUUGCUCAAGCACUUGUCCGGCUCUUUAGGUUGACUCUACGCCUGCAACUACAAACUGCUAUAAGCCUGCCCCCCACCCACAUUGUGAAAUCCAUUCUAUCCUCUAUACUUCAUGCCCACGCUAGAUCUUGACACUCUCGUCAAUUCAUCUCAGAUCAAUAGCAUAACAUAACAUCCGUUUUGUUUGCCUUUCGACUCGUCUGUACCCAUGAGUCUCUAACCUCGAGCCCUCCCAAUUUCACCUUUCCUGGGUGCUUCGGCAUUGACAAAGAUUCCUACGGUUUUCCUCAAACUCCCAUCAUGGCUGUCGUUCUUCCAUCCGACGACAACGGUUACUUCGCCGGCUCCGGCCUACGACGCUCACAUUCUCACUCCAACUUCAUCUCAUCGACUUCACCAUUUUCCACUUCUUCUCACCUAAGCGAUCAUUACAAGCCUACAUCCAAGUCUUACGCCGAAUCUAACUCAUCAUCUGCUCCCUCGUCUCCCCGUACCGUCCACGCCGACUCUGUCGAUCUUUCCUACGCAUCUACUCCUGCCACUAAUCUCUCUAUUGCCUCUGACUACGACGACAACAUUGGACUUGCUGAAUCACCUGAAGACCACUUCAUGUUUCCAUCCUUUGCGCAGGAGAAGUUUUACGUUCACCCAGAGAUCCGCCCUGAAAUCCACCAUGAUGACAACCUAGAGCCACCACCCAGUCCCCGAACCGGCGACUCUUAUACUGUUUCUCCCGCAGAACACGAGAACUCUGAAGAGGUAUCUGAUGAUACAUCAAGGCCCGAAACACCUGAACAUGAAAAGUCUGAACAUGCAGAGGACGACACUGCAGUGUUAAGUCGACCAUCCCGCCAAGUGGAUUACCUAUCUCAUGAGUGGAGAGAGGAGGAUAUCUGGUCAUCAUGGCGAUAUGUCGUCACUCGACGGGGGGAGUUCCCCAACAGUGCUCGGUUAGAAAAUGCUUCUUGGAGGACCUGGAUGAAGGCCAAAAACAACCUGAAGACCAUCUCUCCCGAAUCUCUCAACUGGCUUAAGGAUUGUGAUGUCACCUGGCUCUAUGGCCCAUUGCAGUCAGGACCCAAGAACCUCCAUCCUACGCAUACUGAGCCUUCAAGCGUGUCGUUAUCCAAAGCUGACUCACUGGUCAACCUCAACAAGAAGCCUAUCCUCAAGAAGAGAAGCAUGUCCGAAGUGAUGCUUCAGCGAUCACUGUCUACAGCUUCAUUAUUGAAGCAGGCCACUGCAGCUGUCAAGGCCCAAGAGACAAGAGGAAUUCUUCGACCCCAUCUUGGUCGCUCAUCAACAGAUUACUUCGCAUAUCCCUUCGCAUCACGGCGGUUGAGCGGAGACAGCAGCAGCGUCGCUCCUUCAGUCGAGUCAUCUGGAAUCAUUUCUCCCAACUCGGAGCGAAAACACAUUCAUUUCAAUGAGCAAGUCGAGCAAUGUAUAGCUGUCGAAGCCAAGGGUGAAGAUGAGGAUGAAAUGAUUGAUGAGCACUUUGGCUCAGACAGCGACUCAGAUGAUGGUGUCAUGAUGAAACGAGUCAAGACCAAAAAGAGGCCCAUUUCUCGACGCAAGACUAUGAAGUCAAAGCCAGCUGCUGAAGGCAAGACAAUCGCUAUGCUGCCGUCCACCACCCUCAAGUACCGGGAAGACACUCCUGAGCCACGAGAGACUGCAAUGAAGCACUCCCGAAGCCCUCUCAUGUCUCCUUCAUCUUCACAGGAGACACUACGACCUACGAAACAAUCAGGAAAGUUCUUUUUCGGUGAGGAAGACCACGAUGAUGGUCUUGACGACGCUUUGUUAAGUCCCCGCUCAGGGUGGGCAUCACCUCCCAACGAAGGUGCCAAUGGCGGUCUGAGCAGAUCCAUCUCGUCAGGCAGUCUUUGUGAGGAGCCUGCGGGUAUGCGACGCACACCAUCCGGUAUGUUCAUGCCUUUUGAGGAAGGCGAAAUACAAUCCGGAGACGGCAUUUUCGGUCGAGUUAUUGACACAGUCAAUACAGCCCGUGAUAUCGCCCACGUUAUUUGGAACGUUGGCUGGAGGAAGUAAUGGGUACACAAGCGUUCGACUUUCUUUUAGCGACGCGAUUGGAAUUUGAACAAGCUCAUAAGCUUGUGACUCACUUAGUGUGAGCUGAAACGACGCCAUGACAACAUAAAAAAAAGCGCAUCUAUAUAUGGGAAUUUCGGAGAUAAUUGGCAUUGACCCGCCAUACUACCGCGACUAUCACGAAAUAAAGGCUUGUUGACAGACAGCCUGUGCCAAUGUCACGACGACAUCUUGGAAAGUGGCCCCGGAAUCGCAUUUCUAUCUUUCAUACACGGUCUGUAACAACGAAUGGAUGGAGACGAAAAGGCUAAAGAAAAGCACCGUGUUUAUUGUGGAAAGAGCUGGGUGGCUGCGAGGGAAUUUCAUGGGUAAAGGAGAGGACCAUGUAUCAGGCAGCUCUCACCAAAGGCGCCAUCAUUGGUUUUCAGGCUUUUCUUUCUACGAAGGAUCAGCCUACCCCGUGACGCCCGGGUCCCCGGGAUCCGACUACGAAAUCGGGGCAAUGGGAAAAGCCAUUCUAGAGGUCACAGGCCCGGGGGAUAUUCGGCGUUAUAAUUUUUUGUUCCCGUCUUUCUUUUGUGGCAAGGGUUUUGUUUUUUUACUUCAUGAUAUCCCAUGGGCAAGUGGGUACUACGGAUCACAGGCGGCCUCGGGCGGUUAUGGACGGAUCAGGAAAGGGAAGGGUAUAAGCCAUGGGGACAAUUGAUUUUUUCGGCGACUACGGCGACUCUACGGGACGGUAAGGCCAGGACAGGGACAAUUUAAACAAAGGAACAAGAAGAAGAAGAAGAAGAAGAAGGACACAAACGGCAAAUGGCAACAGGACCGGGUCUUCAGUGCGUUGUUGAAUCGGUCGUACAUAAAGACAGGGGGUCGCAUCUCGACGUACUCACGCGGACCGCACGGAAGCCGUUACAAAACAACACAAAAGUAUUCAUGAUAUAAUAAUAUGGUGUUCCCAUCAUCUCGAUACUUUUGACUGUCCGUCCAAAUGAGAAUAUGUGCAUGCUUCCCAAUAGCCUAACUUGGCAUACAUUUCAUCAACACAAUGGAAGGUAAGCAAGCUUGACAAGGGACAAAUGAGGGUUUUGACUUUGCCGUCCCUUGCUGAUCAUACUGGCCCUGAAAACUUAGUCGUUCUAGCUUUUACCUCUUGCAGACAGAAUUCGACUUUGCCACAUCCGAAGUGCAGCUUGCGAAACGGUCCAAUCAACGUCUCGUCUAUGUCGAUCACCAAUUGAGAUGCAAAGCAGCGAAAUUGUUGGGGAAACAGGACGCGGGCUGGUCUGUUCUCUCUGCGCGCGUGACCUCAUUCCACGUGCCCUAGCGAAGUGCCCCAGAGUGUCAAUUAUGCCAAAAAGACGCUGUAAUUCGUGAUAUGGAUGUUUUGACAGGGAUAUGGGUUGUUCGAAAGGAUGUCGUGUGAGCGUCCGUGAGGUUAUUAGCCGAGGGUGUGAUGUUGCUUAUGUCUAACAGUAAGGGAAGACUUCCGUCGAUGGUCACUUGCGACAUGCGGUAUUGGCAUCGAUGGAAUUUUGUUAAUUGGUGGUUCUAUAAAUGGAUGAUCUACUGUACAUCUCAUGCUUUUGAUUUCCAAAGCUAUCGCAAGUUUGUGCUGGUCAUGUAAAAAUAUGGUACAGGUAUGAUACAAGUGACGUGCAUCGGGCAAGGGGGAGAUCUGUCGUCAGCUAUUCCCCCCCUUAAGAUGGGUAUCGUACAGUGCAUUUCCAGCACAACACCCCCGAGGAUCACGUCAGGGUUCUGUCAAUCAAGUCUCUAGCAAGAGACCCCAUGUUUUAUUUUUAUUUUUUACGCAGGGGGUGACUCGAUGGGAUUUGCGAAAAUGCGGGGGAGAGAUGGGCGACUCCACGUCAGUCGAUGGCUGAUUGCUGAGAGCCAUUGAGAAAAAGGCGGAGAGACGUUGGAGCAUGGGGACAGAGAAACGAGAUGUGAGACAUAAACAGCGCCAAUCUCACUCACGAUGCUGCAAGCCAUGGCUUCGCCGUCAAGGCGGUGACGCUCAAACUUAGUGUUUCUUUCCACCCCAACAAAGUCUUGCUUCGAGAAGACCAAAGAAGACCCUGCGGCGCAGCUCACGAGGCCGGGGCCAGGGACGGGGCGUCCGGGGAGAGUGCCGGCUGGCUAACGUCAUGUAGUUCUGCCCGGGUGUUUGGAUAGUACUUGAGCGCUUUGACAAACAUGCUGCGAGCGUGAACGUUGAUAUUUGCCAGCUCAACGUCGAACUUGUCGCCCACCUUGAUAUCCUUGAGGAGCACGAGGCCAUCGAUACCGUCGGUGGAUAAGAGGGCCGACAUAUCGAAUAGGUCUACCCGACCGGACACGCCUUGCUUCCAACGAGCAUCAACGGUGAAACUCAUGCGCUUCGGUGCUGUCCCUUCAAACUGCCAGGCCCGCACGACCGCCAUGAGCAUCCACUCUUGGGUGCCGCGAGACACAGUCCGGGCCAUUCUCUCGCGCAUACGCAACAGUGAGAGUGUGUUGGGGAGUGUCUCCUCCGUGAACGGCAAUAUGUUAUUCAGAUCAUCAGUCUUGGGGUCUAGCCUGCGGUUCACCUGCCGCUCAUGUGCCAAUGCUGCGUGAAUUUGCCAGUGGACAAUGAGGUCAGAGAAGCGGCGAAGAGGAGAAGUGGCUUUGGUAUACAUGUCCAGACCGAGCAUGAAAUAAGGGCCGGGUUCUGUCGACAUCUCGAUGCCACCAGUCAAGCGUGUCAGCUCCUGGCGUUGCGCCCCUGAAGGAGCGAUGCCCUUCUCGAGCAGAGGGUAGAGCUCUUUCGUGGCGUAUUCGAGAAGUUUGGUCUUAUUCUUCUGCGAAUGGGCGUCCCGUCGGUAUGGUAGUGGAAUUUUACGGUCAGAGCUCCAUCGAGCAGCAAUCUCACCGGCAAGCACCAUUGUGUUACUCACCACAGAGGCACCGUUGAAGGCAUCGUAGCCGACCUUGAUGUAUGGGUCAGCUGGCAGGACCUUGGUUCCUUCUGCUUGCUCCAUGGGGACGUCUUCGAAAGCCACAGUAACGGAAGCGCCUGGCAAGAAAACAGGCCAGGCCCCCUUCUCCAGACGCCUUUUCCUGAGAGCCUGAGACAGACGGUGAAGGAUCAAAAGGUCCUCUUUACUCCUUUCAUCUAACUCCUUAGCUGACAUCAAGGGGCGGUUUGGUGUCACGUCCAACUUGUUAGGUGGCUGGCCAACAACAAGAGUCUGGUCAGAUACUGGAGGGGGUGGAGGCUCGUUACAAAACUCAGCAACAUCUCUUGGAUCCAGGUACUUGACAUUGUGCAAAGUACCUGGCUCGAUCCUGUAGUCCAACAGAUCUCCGUUCUCGUUAAGCCUGGCACUAAAGGUCAGAGCUGGUCGACCAUCGGCAAGCGAGUAUUGUUCAACCAAACUUCCAGACUUGUAGUCUCCUGAAUUGUCCAGACCCAGAUCGUUUGGAAGCAUGGCCUGAAAGUGGCCAGGAAGGUAGAUAUUCUCAGGUAUCAGCUCGAGAAACCUGCCCAGCUCAGAGUUGGGUCGAAUACCAGAUGCUGGAUCGGCUGCAUGCACGUGAAUCCAGAAUUCGUCAGGUUUGUUUGUUCGUUCUAAAGAGACACCAUCAUCAAUGAGUAUUGUAGAAGGGGCGUCAAUACAGAAGACGGGGGCGUCGGCCCAGUCUCGUCUGGCAUCCUCCGCCACGUCUGGUCGAGUUGAGUCCUCGAUACUAACUGGAGUCUCUCGAAUGAGGCCGCCUCCACUCUGAAUCUUGACUUCAGGGAAACGGACUUUAUAGCGGGAUGGUAUUUCCCAUGGCGGGAUUAUCCCCAGCUCUUGUAGGAAGGUCCAUGCGCAAGACUGAUUCAGAUCAGCACCUUCAUAUAGAUCCAGAGCUCGCAGAAUGAGAGAGCCAUCAGCGUGGAAGUGUGAGGAAUCCUCGAACAAGUCGUAGCUUGCCCACCACUCAAGAAAGCGGAUGAAUUCUAUGUGCUUCCUGGACCAUUCACCGGUUUCAAGAGUGACCCCUUUAGUAGGAGCAAGGAUUCCGUAAGGUGUCCACGAGCGCUUCUCUCUGUUGGCAAGAACGAUUUGUCUUGCCUUCAGAAUGAAAGUACCAAAUGCCGUUUCCGACAUAUCAGAAGACGUCAUAUUUCCUGACGUCUUUGCCAUUAGGUGAAUAUACUCGCGGAUCAUGAGAGUCACCCGGUUGAUCAUCAUGAAAUCCUGAUACGGGAAAAUCUCGAAAAGAUGGUCCUUUCGAUGGCAGUCAGCCGAAGGGCUUAACGGCCGAAAGAUAAAGUCGUUUCGUAAGAGCGCUGUGUGAACUGCGUAUAAAGCAGCAGGAGGAAACUGGGUGCCCUUUUUGAGUGAAUUGGGUAACAACAAGUCGGCAAGCUCGAACAGACUCAAAUAUUUGGUCUUUCUCCCAUCUGAGACCAGUGAUCUUGCCCUGUCUAAACUGUUAAGGCUUGUCUGGAAGGCCUCGUCCGCUUCCAACAUGAAUUUCUUCAUUUUGUUGAUCAGAUGGGCACCGACGUCUCGCCCGGGGCCCCUGUCUCGUUUGCGCAAUUCUUCGUACUCGUCCGCCGUGGCAUUAAGAGGAAUCAGAGAAAGAAUUGGCUGCAGCUCCUUGGCGGCGGCGAACUUAGACACAGAGAAGAGCGCGGAGAAACCCAUGCUGAUAACCCAUCUUCCAGUAUUGGUAUAAAAGUGAUACCGUUGGCCAAAGAACCCCAAGUAUAUAGCAAAUAAGGGUGUCCGGGAGCCAGGCUGCUUCAUUUCAACAAGAUCGCCGGGAGCGUGGGACUUGUGCCCAACAAUGGCAACUUCAGCAUCCUCCUCAGUGUAGUUCUCAUCUGGGCCCACCAUACUCACUGGAUCAGACUUGAAAUUAUCCAAUUCAGAUGAGCCAGUAGAUUGAGGACGUGUGUUACUGUUGGUGACAGUGCACCAAAAUGUAAGGUCUGGGACAAUUGGGAUUACCUCCCUAUCAGGGUCGUUGAUAGCAACCCAUUCUUGCAAUCUUUGCCGAAUUGGCCUCUUGUCUACUGCAGGGGAAGUUUUGGGAAGAGAUGUGGGAAUGUUCGUCUUUCCAAAGGCACCCUGAGGGCGGUUCUUAGUUGAGGUAGCGUACUAAGAUUUGUUAGUCCAUGACAUGUUUGACAUCGUGUGAGAUGAACAAACGUUAUGACGUCCAGUCGAGGACUGCAAAGGCGUAGAAAAUGAAGAUCGUAAUCCAUUAGGGCAGUUCGGAAGACAUCUACAGCAAAUGUACGGACGACCUGCGGACCGUAACAUUUUUGCAGUAUAUCACAAAUACCCUGUAUCAAGCAAGGUAUUACAACUCAAAAUUUUGAAGCCGACGCGAGGCUGAAAAUUUUACUAUUGCGUGUUGGCAACUUUCACAAUCGCGAGGUCACAUGAUAUGGCGCUUUCCACUUUAACUGAAGGCUCUUAGCCAUUCGUUUGGGCAGGAGCCAACACGGAACCCAUGGAAUGGAUUUCUCGAUAACCUAAGGUAAAGAAGGUAUUGACUACAACCUGACCUUAGUACCUUUACUUAGACUUAUACAAUUACUCAUCAUGAAUACCUAAAUAAAACCAUCACCGAAAUGUUGCAUCUGUGUAGAUACGUUGGUGCUCCCCGUCUCGCCGAAAGUUUCAAGGAAACCUAGCAGCAAAAGGGGCUCGAUUUAGAAGGCAUUGA